CUCCCGCACAGCCGCCCCUGUCCGUAUCUAAGCAGCAAGAGCCAUACUCGCGGUUUCAACCUAUCCUGCUGGGGAGAUGGCAUGAGAGUGACUGGGGCUGCAGCCAGUCAGAGAGCGGAGUCGCCUCCUCGCCGAGCGACGAGCCAAUUAGAACCUGCAAAGGGCGGGGCAAGUCCGCCUCCCAGACUAGUGUGAGGCGGCAUCCGCGCUCCCCCGGCACCGAGCGGCAGCGCUAGCGGUAGGAGCAGCUUCGCCGCGGAGCUGGCGGAGGCGGCGCGGAUGGUGAGAGGAGCCGCCCGGCAGCGCCUGCCCCGCACUGGCCCGGCCUCCAGAACAACAGGCCUGGUGGAGAAGCCUUCUCGCAAACGGAAAUCCAGGACUGAAUUUGCCCUAAAAGAAAUCAUGUCAUCUGGAGGAGCUGAAGAUGAUAUCCCUCAGGGGGAGAGGAAAACAGUCACCGACUUUUGUUACCUACUGGAUAAAUCUAAACAGCUCUUCAAUGGCUUAAGAGAUUUGCCUCAGUAUGGGCAGAAGCAGUGGCAGUCCUAUUUUGGGCGAACCUUUGAUGUUUACACUAAACUCUGGAAAUUUCAACAGCAGCAUAGACAAGUACUGGACAAUCGAUAUGGAUUGAAGCGGUGGCAGAUUGGGGAAAUUGCCUCCAAGAUUGGGCAGCUCUACUACCAUUAUUACCUGCGGACAUCUGAAACCAGCUAUCUGAAUGAAGCCUUCUCCUUUUAUUCAGCAAUUCGACAGAGAUCCUAUUACUCCCAAGUCAAUAAAGAGGACAGGCCUGAACUGGUGGUUAAGAAGCUGCGUUAUUAUGCAAGGUUUAUAGUGGUUUGUCUUUUGCUCAACAAAAUGGAUGUUGUGAAGGACCUCGUAAAGGAAUUAUCUGAUGAAAUUGAAGAUUACACUCACCGCUUUAACACUGAGGACCAGGUGGAGUGGAACCUGGUUCUUCAAGAGGUGGCGGCUUUUGUUGAGGCAGAUCCUGUGAUGGUUUUAAAUGAUGACAAUACCAUCGUAAUCACCUCCAACCGACUGUCUGAAACAGGGGCCCCAUUGCUGGAGCAGGGAAUGAUCGUGGGACAGCUCACUCUUGCAGAUGCAUUAAUUAUUGGGAAUUGCAAUAACCAGGUAAAGUUCAGUGAAUUAACGGUUGACAUGUUCCGAAUGUUGCAAGCACUGGAAAGGGAACCAAUGAACUUGGCUUCACAAAUGAACAAACCUGGAAUGCAGGAGUCGACUGAGAAACCUGCUAGGCGGGAAAAUCCCCAUAAGUACUUGCUGUAUAAACCUACCUUCAGCCAGCUGUAUACGUUCUUAGCAGCAGCGUUUAAGGAGCUGCCUGCGAACAGUGUGCUGCUGAUCUACUUGUCGGCCACUGGCGUGUUUCCCUCAGGUCGUUCGGAUAGUGAAGGUCCAUAUGAUUUUGGUGGGGUCCUUACGAACAGUAACCGGGACAUUAUAAAUGGCGAUGCUGUCCACAAACGGAACCAAUCUUACAAGGAGAUGCACUGCCUUCACCCUGGUGAUCUCUACCCUUUCACAAGAAAGCCCCUAUUUAUCAUUGUGGACUCCUCAAACAGCGUUGCCUAUAAGAAUUUCACAAACUUAUUUGGACAGCCACUGGUGUGCUUGCUUUCUCCAACAGCGUAUCCAAAAGCACUACAAGAUCAGUCUCAGCGGGGUAGCCUCUUCACCCUCUUUCUGAACAAUCCUUUAAUGGCAUUCCUAUUUGUCUCUGGAUUAUCAAGCAUGCGCAGAGGAUUGUGGGAGAAGUGUCAAGAUUACCUUAGAAAAAUCAACCGGGAUAUCGCCCAGCUGCUGACCCAUUCUCGCUCCAUAGAUCAGGCCUUUCUUCAGUUUUUUGGGGAUGAAUUUCUUCGCUUACUUCUAACAAGAUUCGUCUUCUGCUCAGCCACCAUGAGGAUGCACAAAAUUUUCCGGCAGGAAACUCGAAAUUACCCUGAAACUUAUCCCCAACUGCCAAGAGAUGAAACCGUGGAGAACCCUCAUCUCCAAAAACACAUUCUGGAGCUGGCUUCCAUCCUGGAUGUUAGAAAUGUGUUCCUGGAAAACACCAUUGAUGACUAUUAAAAGAAAUACUUCUACUGCAAUAGGGUUUCCCUAGCCACAGACUUUGAAUGGUGCAGUUUUCUAAUGUGAAAAUCCACAAAAGGAGUUACUUGAUUUUAUUUUAAAAUUUAGGAUUUUUUUUUUUAAAUAGCUGUUAGCCCAGCUGCCCCAUUCUGUAUGGGGUCAAUUUUAUAAACAAAUCUUUUCACAUCUUUUAAAUGUUAAACUAAGGAAUCCCUGGAGUUUUGUUUUUUGUUUUUGUGGUUGAAAGCAACCACAUCUGGAUCCUAAGCAUAAAAGUAGUAUUGGUCAAUUUUAGCCCACUUUAUGGAAAUCCUUUAUUUUUAUACAGUUUUAAAAAAUUGGAAGCAAAAACCCAAUAGAAUACCAAUACUUUAUCUCCAAAGAGUUUGGAUUUGAAAUGGUAAAGCUGGAAACACAUAAUGCAAACCGGCAAGAGCAAUAAAAGAAACAGCCCUUCAUAACAAAUAUAUAUAUUUUUUUCAACCUUAGGUGAGUAAUUAGACAAACUUGUGCUAGAACAAAUGGCAGUUGGAUCAGUGGGUUUGGAGUGAUGCUACAGAUGGAUCUCCUAACAUCUAGUGUUCCAUGUAAAUUAGUAAUUUAAAUCUUCUACUGAGCAGCACUGCUGACCAAGAACACAAGUCCCCUCCUGCCUGCUUGGGUGUAGAUAGCAAGCUGGUGGCAUAUAUUACAAAAUUAAUAACGCUGGCCCCAUUUCCUCAGUAUAGUACAGUCUGCCCACCUCCAUAUCUUGGGUCAGAGCCACCACCCUUCUGCCUGAGGAUGCUGGUCCAUAAUUCCUCUUGAGUUAGUUAAUAGAGCUGCUUAAUCACCGCAGGGGGCGGAGGGUGUCUCCCUUCUUACCUUGUUGAGUGAAUGAAGUGAGUGGAUUCCACAAUAUUCUCAGCCCUUGGUGAGUCUGUCCAGAAAUCAAACCAGUCUCCCGUAGUAGUACUGAGUUCCAGCCCUUCCCAACAGAGAAACACCUGGCAGGACACCUCUUGGUGCUGCUGCUGUUGCCUGCUUUAACAAUGGGAUCCUUAUGACCCUAGAACUGCUUUUUUCUUAUGUUAUAAUGAUUAAUAAGUGCUGCCACAGAACACCACAGCCCUUCAUGCGCGUGGUGAGGGCCCAUUGCUCCACCCCACUCCCUACUUGUCUGCUCUGAGUCCUGCUCUGACAGCAUUUUUCAAAUGAGCCACAGGCAGGCUGAGCAGAGGGAAGGUGUGCGAGGCACAUAGUCAUCAACAAACCCCAAAACACAGUUAGUGGGGAUUGGUUCAUAGGUAUAUCAGCUUCUGCUGUGCCCCUUUAAUUGCACAAUAAUUCCACCCAGACCUAGACAACAUCCAGCAGGGCUCUAUAAAGUCUGCAUCAAGGAUCUGUACAAAAGCUACGGUAGAGAAGGUGCUUGCUGGAGAAGUAAGAGGGUAAAGCUACCAAGGCAGUGCCCUCCUAGCUUCAGAACAAGCUCCAGGAGCUCUUGCACCCCUUGACAGAAAGGAGGCAUGGACAGGGGGAGGGUGGAAGCACUAGAACAGUAGAAGGAUUUUGGCUUCUACAAAGCAAAUGUUCUAAAGACCUAAGCUAAUAGCCUGUAGACACUCAGCUUUGAGACUGGCUCUACUUCAGUUACUGGCAGUAAAAAAGCCAGCUUGUCCCAAAGCCAAGACUGAAGCACAACAAAUUUUUGUAGGCUCCAGUGUUUGGUUUUUAAAUAUAUGUAAAAUGAAUAGUGGGCUUUUAACUGAAAAUACUCAUUCUACCAAGAAGGCGUUCACUUUAAAUCCAGUGAAAGGCAAGUCUAUGGAGAUACGGAUUGUAAUUUUUGUAUCUGAAAUUGCACAACAGAUUGUCAAAUGGCCUGAAAUGACAGGUCUAGAAAUAGUGGUAGCAAAGCAAACUGUGGUCAUCUUGUUUGUGUGAAUAUAAGGUGUAUGGUGCUGGAAAGGCUGUCUUUUGGCUUUUUUUUGUGCAUGGCUGUAUUGCUGUCUGAAGUGAAGGCCAGUGAGGUGCUCCCUGUACUGUAAUGCUGAAACCUCCAAUAGAGCAAGGACACCAUGCUGGACUCUGUUGUGUCCUUAGAGAACGUAGUGUAUGGUACCAAUGUGGAAUGUUUCAAGCUGUUACAUGAAAACUGUUUUGUUCUGCGUUCAUUGUUCCAAUGCUGGAAAAUGGGGAGGAGUUUGAGUAGCCCUUUAAUUUUGAGGUCUAGUCCAAUGUUUCAAUUUUUAAAAUGAGUUUGGUAGCUUACUUACCUUGGUGCCUACUUCAGUGGGCCUUUUCAGAAUCUCACAGUGAUGUCAGGUUUCAGAGUAGCAGCCGUGUUAUAUGCAUCCGAAGAAGUGGGCUAUAGUCCACGAAAGCUUAUGCUCUAAUAAAUUUGUUAGUCUCUAAGGUGCCACAAGUACUCCUGUCCUUCUUUUCACAGUGAUGUGACCAUCUUCUUAAGACAGACUGGACUAGCCAGGGCCUGAGGGUGCUCCAGGUCAGGACUGAUGCCCAUCACCACUGCGGUAGGAGAGUCCAGUGCAGAACAGCGUGGGUGUUAGAGUAGGUGGCAUGAGUGGCGCUUCCAAAGCACUCGCUAGCACUGUGCUGGGCUGUAGCCAAGUCCUUCAUUCCCAUGGGCACUAAAAAUCAAUGGAACAUUAUGAGAAGAAUUAUUUCUUUGAGCAGUUGGGGAUGCAGUUCUCGUCUGUGGAGCUGUGGUUCUUUGAUCAACCUUCUUUAGCUGAGAUUGAGUUUAUUUUAAAAUAUGUAUAUACUCGGUGUUUGUGUGUUCAUGUACAGUACACACCCACCUACCUGUUGGGUGUGCUUGUAAAUAUGUAUAGCUAUUUGUAUAUAGGAAGGUCUUGAGAUAAGAUAUGUAUAUAUAAAAAUUAUAUAUACACAUGGACACCAAUUGGAUUGCAUUCCAUGAGGAUGUUUUAGAAGCAUUAUUCAAGAUGCUGUAGCUGUUAAGUUUGUGCUUGCAUUACCAUUGUAAUCCUCUAUUUUCAGGGGCUUAUGUUUGAUAAAUGAAAUAAUUUGGGGCUAAAACUAUGUGCAGCAGGCCUCAUCCAGUGAGCAAUCACACAGUGGAGUGUUUGCAUUAAAGUUUAGGUUUUUUCUUUUGUCAUCACUUUCAUGGAGCAUCCUUUGUAUGCAGACACAUUGGGGAAGCCAUGUAGGACUAUGGAAAUCUCUGUAGUGGGUAUGGUGUAAUUUACCUCCAUUGGUGGCAUCCCUCUUGCCUUGUACUCCUCUGCUAUCUGGGCUUUAGAACAUCUAGUCAAGGUUACUAUUGUUGCCUUUUUCCCCUUGGUGUCUCAGAUUAACAGCAACAAACAGGGCUGUGGAGCUUCUUAUGAAUUCAGUAAUUUCUAACCCCUCCAAGUAUCAAAAGGUGCCACCACUUGGCUGCUUGUGCAUUAGACUCUGACAAAAAUGAAGGUGCAUGAACACCUGUGACGAAUGGAGUUGGACUCUGGAAAAGUCUCAGUUUUUGUCCUGAUGGAUUUCAAAUAAUAAUCUUCAGCAAAUAGCGCUGAAGUAAUGGCUACUAGGAAACCCUUUCAGGGAGAGAAAAUGAGGACAUUUCUCUCCUAAGAUUCAAAGGGAGCAUAUAGGAAUGGGAAUUCAGGCUUCAGCAGGGGCACUUAUUAAUCUUUGGAAAUCUUAAAAUUUUAGCAGUUCUGUAAAAACUGACCCUUUGAGGAUGGGAGGAGACACUAAUACCUGUGUGUGAAUCUAUGACUGCUCUUUGUACUGUGAGGGAGCAUACAUAGAAGCCCAAAUUCCAUACAAUGUUGUAGAUAUUGGAGAGUGGAGAAGGCUUCAUACUGAUUGAUUGGGCUUGAUUCCUUUAUCUUUUCAUUAGCAUCAGAACCAUAUCCAGACUUGUACAUAAACCUUUGAACCAAACUCUUUCCUGGAAGUUAAAAACUUGUGACUCUCUGAAUAGCCCUUCUGUCUUAACACUUUUCUUAAACAGGCUUUGUCUACACUAGACUUUCUCACCAUUACAGCUCCGUAAUGGUAGCAGUGGUAUACUAGAAGCCUUAAUAUAGAGCUGGCAGGACUAGGCAACAUACACCUCUACCCCUAUAUAACGCUGUCCUUGGGAGCCAAAAAAUCUUACCGCAUUAUAGGUGAAACCACGUUGUAUUCAACUUGCUUUGAAUGCAAGAGUGCGCAGCCUCCCUAAUCCCCCCCAGAGCGCUGCUUUGCUGCGUUAUAUUCGAAUUUGUUUAUAGCGGGUCGCGUUACCUCAGGGUAGAGGUGUAGCAGUUAAUACAUUACAAUUGAUCCAUACUAGGGCUCUCACCAAUGCUACAACUGGUAGAGCUGCACCAAUAAGAACCAUGGUAAUCUUAUGGGAAAAGUCUAGUCCAGAUCAUGCCAUCAAACGCUGUGUAAUUGGACUGUGGUACCGUCUGGGUCUGUGUUUGAGGAUGCUGGUGUGGAAGAUUGGAGAAUCGCUAUAAUGGGGGCCAUGCAAGUAAGUCUAUUGCCAUUGCUCUUCAGACCCUUCAUCGUAAAAAGACCCUUUCUUGUUAUUUUGUAACUUUUUUCCCCCCCCUUCUCCACCCUGAGUGAAGAGAGCUGAGGAUUUCUGAAUUAUUGAGUGGCCUUUCAGAAGAUCAAAGGAAUGAAUUUCCAUUCCUUCUCAGUUUUUCUGCCAACCAGCUGUUGUCCUGUAGGUGCAUUGCUCAUAGAUCCCAGCUUCACCUCCUGCUUUUGAGACUUGAGCCACAGACUUCAAAUACUGCUUACUUGUUCAGUUUAGAUACUGGAGCAGUUUUCAGAUCUUAUUCAGAGGUAAUUCCUCUGCACAUACUCCUGCAGGGCUAACAAAGCCUGCCAUAUGAGCUGAAGCUGCAGAAACUCUGUUUUGAAUUUUCUAUUCAGACUGUGUUCCCUAAUAAUUAGCUUACAAGAAGGAACCCCCUGGACUCUGUUACUACCACUUCUCAGUAGCAGUGCUGAGCUGACUUGCUGGAGCAUGGCAUUGCCUAGCAGUACUUUACUUUUAAAAAAGCACAAGGUGCCACUAUCUUCUCCUGCUCCUCCCCUAGGAUCAGCAAGUAGUACAAGGAAAAUGGGGAUGGGAAUCCAGAAAGAUGAACUCCACCUCAGGCAGCCCAUCCACGCAGGAAAUGGGAGCUGUCUGCCUUUGUCUGGGAAUCAGAAUAUUUAUUGAUAAAAGUAAUUUUAUAUUGAAUUGGUUCAAAAUUAUUUUACAGCCAGGUGCCUGUAUAUCCUAUUUUGGUAAAAACAAACAAACCUAUUUUACUUAAAUAUAUAAAGAGAAUUUUUUUGGAGCAAAUAGACUUUUCUUGCAAGGUAUCUGUAACUCACCAAAGCAAUGUAAUUCCAGAAAAUAUUCUAUUGUCUUUGGAAGGAAAGGAAUAUAUUAUGACAUAUAUAUAUUAGAUAUUAUGACAUAUAUAUGACAACUGGACAUUUCAGGAAGCAGUUACUGCUUCUAAGAUUAAAGUGAGAAUUGAAGUUACUUCAUUUAAAAAAAUUCAGUUUCCACCUUGAUUCUUAUUAGUAAUUAGAAUAACACCAAGGCUUGCUUAUUGCUUCCAUUAUCAUUUCUAAGCCUCUUUCAGUGCCAUUUUGCAGAUUUCUUGCAUGCUUUCGCUUCUGCCAGCUGGCCCUUGAUGAACCAGUGGCUCUCCAGAUUUUUCUCUUGUGUUUAGCUAUACAGAAACCUUAGUCUCAUAGUUGUGGUGACUAGACAAUUUUAAGAGAAUCAAGAGUCAUAAGGAGAUGUUUGGAUAAUACAGGUGGAAGGCAUAUUUAAAUUUCCAUAAAUGGAACUGCAUGCAACCAAAAUGUCUAUACCACCCAACUUAAAUGGGACGAUCUGCUCUAGUUUACAUGAUACAAGCCAAGCUUUUAAUCAGGCAGCAGCGUUUGAGGUCAGGAAGGGAUAUGAAUAUGUAGAUCAUGAUAUAUUCAGACUCAAUAAUGCCAUCUUAGCCAGAUGGAAUCCUUACUGUAAUUCGAGUGAGUAAACAUUUACUCUAUAUUACAAUCCUAAAGAACGCUGAAGUCAACCAUGUGUGGAACAAGCAUGUCUGCACUUAGCAUCUGACAUUUUUUUCCCAUGGAGACAAAUGAUUUAUGUAUUUUUUUUAUAGCUUUGUAUUGUUAUUAGAAAGUAACAUGCUUGUUUUUUAACAUGUAUUGUUUGGAGGUCAUAACUUGCUGCCUUAGUGGUAUGAAAGGAAUUUUAAUAAACUGUGGCCAAUGCUUCUAUGUAACUAAAAUGUUGUUGAACUGUGAUGCCAUUUGUAGGGAAUAUACCGUUGUAUUUCUAAUAGGCGCUCUCUUCUGAAGAGAUGGAAGCACAAGAGUUUUACAUGUACUUAUCCUGUUCCAAGUGCUGCUAGUCAAUAGUGCAUGUGAUGAUGCUGUUGGGUAACAAACCUCUGUAAUGGUUCACAAAGCCUGUUUCCCUUUGUUACAUAACCAUUGGUCUUGUUGCCAGUUUCUGUCUGUUAUGACUUGAGGUUAAAAAACAAACAAACAGAAAAUAGUCCUGGUCUGACUGGUGUAGUGAGAGACCUUUCUGGUGUGGAGGGAAUCUGAGGUCAUUUUGGUUUUACAAUGUUAGGACACUUUUCUGCAAAAUGCUAUCAAGAUAAUGUUACACACAAACACUGGUUCAUAUGGUUGAUGUGGAAACCUGAUGUCUGUCUUGUGCAAUACUUAUAAGCUGUUGUCUGUGUUUAAUGCAUCUGAAUUGCUUACACCAUAAUAUCUCAACCAUGGAUGUUGUCUCAUGUUUCAUGCCAUCUGAUAAAUCUCUUCCCAGCUUUAGUCUGUUGAUACUGAUGAUCCUUCAUGCUGUAGUUUGUGCAAAACUGUGAGAGAUUAUGUGGGUUUCAAUGGCAAAUACCCCAACAAGAUGGUAAUGGUGGGUUUAGGACUGCCUAAUGGCCAGUGGCGACUUGCUCCUCAAAAGCAUAGUCUGUGUAUGUGCCAUUCUUUUGCUUGCUGCUGGGAAGACUUAUUCCACUAAACAGACUUUCCAACUUAACACUGUGAUUCUGCACAGAGCUGAUACAGCAUCAAGGGAACGAAAUACUGUAACAAUGUUUGUUGCAUUGAAUGACAAUAUGAAAAGUGGUUUUUUUGCUGUUAGUGUGUUGAUGACAUUUUCACAUUGGUAAAUGUUCUCUCAGAAUGUGACUACAUUCAUCAGUUGUGAACUAUUGUACAUGAAUUUUGUAUCUGAAAUCCACUCAAAUUCUGUGUAUUACCAAUAUAAAAUAAACAUAUUUGCUUAAAACA